CCCGAAGAUGCUGCUAUUCUCAAGGAUUUCAUAGAACAAGAUCGAGUCUAUGAUUUUCUUGUUGGACUCAAUCCAGAAUUUGACCAAGUGCGAAUCCAGAUUCUUGGCAAGCAAGAAGUUCCGUGCUUUAAUGAGGUGGUGGCAUUAAUUUGAGGAGAGGAAAGCAGAAGAUGCCUGAUGCUUAAUCCACAGAACACGGACAGCUCGGCUAUGGUGGCUGGCAGUGGUAACAAUUCAGCCACAAAUAUGGAAAGAGUACUAGUUUCUGGCAAUGGAAGAUCUAGUCAACCAAAGACUCAAAAUCGUGACUACAAGGACAACUUAUGGUGCACUUAUUGUAAGAAGGCACGCCAUACGCGUGAGCGGUGCUGGAAACUACAUGGAAAACCACCAAGUCGAGAGUGGGGACAGAAGGGAGAACAACCAAGUAAUAAUGGUCAGACCCAUGUUACAACAGUACAACAGAAUGGAGCAACACUGCAAGAGAUAGGCAGUCUUAAUCAAGAAGAAGUUGAGAGGGUGGGGUCUCUUAUUUGCAACCUUGACAAACCAGCAGGUACUGGUUCAUUGGCGUAUUCAGGACGAGGAUUCGGGGAGGAUGAUUGGACAUGCUAGAGAACGGGAUGGACUCUACUAUCUCAAAGCACCAAGUCAAUCAAACAUUACCAAAGGCAA